AUGGCUCCCCUCUACAUACUACUCGGUCUUCUCCUCUUGCACACUACUCCUUGGUGCCUCUCUGCAGCCGUAGAUGAGGACACUCUCAUGGCAGGCCAAUCGCUCGCCGUUGGCGACAAGCUCGUCUCCAGAAACGGCAAGUCCACCCUUGGCUUCUUCCAGCCCGCAGCAAGCAGCAGUAUCAGUAAGUCAUCCCGCAACGCCACCUCCUCAAGAUCCGGCUGGUACCUUGGCAUAUGGUUUAAUAAAAUCCCAAUUUUGACUACCGUCUGGAUCGCUAAUAGAGAGGAGCCCAUCACCCACCCCAACCUCAACUCAGCACAGCUCAAGAUCUCAAACGAUGGCAAUCUUGCCAUCGUAGUAAACCAUGGUAGCAACACUCAAUCUAUAGUUUGGUCCACUCACAUUGUCAAUAAUAGGACACACAACAGCCUAAACAUCACUAGUGCUGCUGUUCUCUUGAACAAUGGAAACCUUGUCCUCAAAGAGAGCCCGUCAUUUGACUUACCGGUGUGGCAGAGCUUUGAUAACCCAACAGAUGUUUGGCUUGCUGGUGUUAAGUUUGGUAGGGACAAGGUCACCGGCUUUAGUUGUUAUGGCAUCUCAAAGAAGAGCCUUAUUGAUCCAGGUCUCGGCUCAUACAGUAUCGAACUAGAAGGCACCAGGGGAAUUGUCCUUAAGCACCAUAACCCCUCCAUAGAAUACUGGCUUUAUGCAUCCUCCACAGCAUCAUCGUUGGUACCAUUAGUCAAUUCACUGCUAAGUUUGGAUCCUCGGACUAAAGGGAACAAAUUCAAGUGGUGUGUUUUGCUGCCAAUAUACUCUGACAAUCAAGGGAGUGCUGGUGGGAUUGUAGCCUUUAGAUACACUGAUUUAGUUCGUGCUACUAAAAAAUUCUCAGAAAAGCUGGGAGGAGGUGGUUUUGGUUCAGUAUACAAGGGAGUGUUAAGUGACUCAAAGACUACUAUAGCAGUCAAAAGGCUUGAUGGUGCCCAUCAAGGAGAGAAGCAAUUCAGGGCUGAGGUGAGCUCAGUUGGACUAAUCCAACAUAUCAACCUAGUAAAAUUGAUUGGUUUCUGCUGUGAAGGUGAUCAAAGAUUACUUGUGUAUGAACACAUGUUAAAUGGGUCUCUUGACGACCAUCUAUUUAAAAAGAGAAAUGCUGCUGCUUUUGCUGCUGUUCUAAAUUGGAACACUAGAUAUCAAAUAGCCCUAGGAGUUGCCAAAGGAUUGUCCUACUUGCAUCAGAGUUGCCACAAAUGCAUCAUACACUGUGAUAUUAAGCCAGAGAACAUACUUCUGGAUGCAUCAUUUGUUCCUAAAGUUGCAGACUUUGGGCUGGCAGCAUUUGUGGGAAGGGAUUUUAGCCGAAUUCUGACUUCAUUCAGAGGAACUACAGGUUAUCUUGCCCCAGAGUGGCUUAGCGGAGUUGCGGUGACACCAAAAAUUGAUGUUUAUGGCUUUGGCAUGGUGCUGCUGGAAAUCAUAUCAGGAAGGAGGAAUUCGUCACCCGAGACAUCACACUACACCAAUAGCAGCAGCAAUGUGGACCAACAUGUUGGAUAUUUCCCUGUGCAAACCAUCAGCAAGCUUCACAGCGGAGAUGUAAAGAGAUUGGUGGAUCCACAGUUACAUGGUGACUUCAGUUUGGAAGAGGCUGAAAGGAUUUGCAAAGUUGCAGGCUGGUGCAUCCAAGAUAAUGAAUUUGAUCGGCCGACGAUGGGUGAAGUGGUCCGGGUUCUCGAGGGCCUACAGGAGAUUGAUGUGCCGCCGAUGCCAAGACUACUUGCAGCUCUAACAGAAUAG